GCACGCGCAUUCGUUGUAGUGAGGCUGUUUAUUACGCGACAUUUUUGUGUCAAAACAUGGUUCCGUGUUCAUAAACAAUUGUAAUAUAAACAAUAGUGAAACGAUAAGAUUAUUGUUAAAAUUGAAAACGGUCGUAUAGAAUUGAACCAAAAAUGAGUGCCAAAAAAGAUUCCGAAACGAAAUUGCGCGAGGACGAGUACGCUGAUUCCGGUUUUGUUACUGGUGAAAUAUCAGGACCGUGUGAUAGUAAUGAUAUCGAUUCAGGGAUGAUCGAUUAUGAUGAAAAGAAUAGUGAAGGUGAAAGUGGAGUGAAAUCCAUUACGGAUAGGCUGUCACAAGUAAUGGUUAGUGUUCAGAGUCCUGCACAGAGUACCGCAGACAUUCCUCCGCUGUAUCUACUGUUCCAACAGGACGAGGACGGAGACACACAACUACACAUCGCCUCCGUACACGGCUGUGAAAAGUCAGUGGGUACCCUCAUCAGGGUGUGCCCUGAGAAGUCGUGGCUGGACGUGCCCAACGAUUAUGGCCAUACGCCACUGCAUCUAGCGGUGAUGAGUGGUAAUGCCAUCAUCACUAGGAUGUUGGUCAUCGCCGGAGCUGACAUCGGAGCGAGAGACUGCCUCGGAGAGACUCCGCUACACAAAGCGACUGCCGCCCGCCAUAUAGAAUGCUUAAAAGCACUACUUGCCAAAGUUCCUGAGCAUCAGAGCAGUAAAGUAUUAACAGUACUGGAGCAGAAGAACUACAACGGACAGUCGUGCGUACAUUUGGCAGCCUCGGCCGGCAGCGUCGAGACCAUGAAAACACUGAUCCAUUACGGAGCUAAAAUUGACGAUAGGGAGAGGCUGGCGGGGUGGACGGCGCUGCACAUCGCGGCGCGGCGCGGGGACGCGCGGCUCGUGGCGUUCCUGCGCGAGCGGGCGCGGGGCGCGGGGGGCUGGCGCGACCAGGCCGGCCGCACGCCGCGCUGGUACGCACGCCGCAACGCCGCCCGCCACGCCUUCGGCCCGCUCAGACCGGACAGCGACUCCGAUUGGGACUCCGAUGAUGAUACGAACGACAGCGACAACGAGAGUCUGUACGAGAAGAUCAAGGAGUCCCGGAGCGGCUCGUCGAUAAACGUCGCCUAGGACACCAGGACACCGCCCCCUCGCCCCCCGCCCCGGACACAGGCGGACCUCACCCCGCGCCCCCCUGCGCGACCUCAACGCCGCCUUGGAUAAUGUUAUUACGUUCCAAUCUGAUAUGUAUCAUAGUUUAUUAAUUUCUAUAAUAUAAGCAGAGUUAAUUAUGUAUAUGAAACAGAGUUUGUUUGUCAGUCGUCGAUGGUCGGAAUGAACGUGUAACAAAACAGCAGGUCCAUUUUUACAAAACGAGUUUGCCUCGAAAAAUCUGUCCUGUGCUCUCCGUCUCAAAUGUUGUCGACAUCGAAAUGAUCGUCGUUAAAGUUAUAAAGUUGUUAAUGAAUCGGACAAGAGAAGCGCCCGGACGGAUGUACAGUGUGCUGUAUGUAGCAUAGCGUAUUGUAGUCUUCCUUAGGAAAUGUUCAAUAUUAUUGAUACUGUAUAAAUAGAUUUGAAUACUUCUAGUUAAAGUUACGCUUACGAAUAAUGUUGUUUAGUCAUAGUUAUUUAAUUAAAACAUUUGUUUUUGAAA